AUGAAGCUUGCUCUUCGCUCGCGGGCCCCGGCUCUUGCGUUUCACCUGUCCGCUCUCCUGGGCGUCAUCAACGCCCAGCAGUUCACCGACGUGAAGUUGGGAUACGCCCACUACCCCAACCUCAGCCAGAGCUGUUACGAAGCCCUCAACACGACGGUCCAGGACUGUCCUGGCUUUCUGGCUACCCACGCUGCCUCUGUCCCCCGCCUCGAGUCCAACAUGCUCGAGGCACUCUGCACUUCUGGCUGCAAGUCGUCACUCGCCGCCGCACGCCGCACCAUCGCCUCGGGCUGUGGUGCCAGGACUGACGUCGUCGAAUUCGACCUCGUUGUCUAUCCCGCGACCUACAUGAUGGACCGCAUUAUCCACGCCCACGAUCUGUCCUGUGCCCAGGACGGCAACACGGGUGUGUUCUGUGAUGAGGUCUACCUCGACAACCUGGCCAACGACACCACCGCCGGCCCCUGCUCCCGCUGCUCCCUUGGCACCGCCAAUAUCCUCCUCAACUCGCCCUUUGGCUUUGACGCUGAGUUCGCCGCCGACUUCAAGUCCCGCACGUCCAGCUGCGGCGCCGCCGGCUACGACUUCACCACACCCGCGGCGUACGCUGUCACUACCAAGCCCGUGCCAACGUCUACAGAUGGUCACGUCUGCCCAUCGCCCUACACCGUCAAGUCGGGCGACACGUGCGACUCCAUCGCCACAGCGUACAAGGUAUCGACCAACGCAGUCAUCAGAGCCGGCAUGACCGGGCCCGGCUGCAAAAACCUCGUUCCUGGCGUUCAGCUCUGUCCCCCAGAGGCGUGUGCCCAAUAUCGCGUCAAGUGGGACGACAGCUGCGCCAAUAUCCUGAAGGACGUCCCUGGUCUCCAAGCCCAGCACCUCUUGACCUGGAACCCCAACAUCAGCCCCCUCUGCACCAACCUCAGAGACAUGGUUGGGGACUUAAUCUGCGUCAGACCCCCAGGGAGAACACUGGCCGACGCCACUGCGGUUCCCCCUGGCCCGCCGACCACGACGCAGCCGCCUGCCACGGCCGUUCCGAGGCCCUCCAACGCCAAGGCGGAGUCUCACCAAAUGUGCGCUGCGUGGUACGAGAUCAAGGCCGGCGACUACUGCCAGAUGAUCUCCAUCAAGAAUUCCGUCGAGGUCCGCGACUUUUUCUUCCUCAAUCCCUCAGUCGACAACCCCGGCUGCGGAAACCUGUGGCUCAACACGUCCUACUGUGUCCAACCCGUCGGCGACAUCAACACCUACCCCUCUUACCCCUAUUCCACCUCCCCGCCCUACACCCUCACGCCGUCCGACUACGUGACCACCACCCAGCCGGCCAUUGAGACCAUCGCGCCCAGCGAGACGCCGGUGGCAGACCUCCCUCUCGCAUCUGGCUCGCUGGACGAGGCGGACGGGUGUCGCGAGUUUGUCGAGCACGUUGACGUUCCUAUUCCCAGGGACCAGAGUCAGCAGCCUGACGUGCCCCAACUGACCAAGAACAUUAAUACCUGUGAUUACGUCGUCGCGGCGCAGAAGAUCUUGAUGGACGAUUUCAUUAAGUGGAACCCAAGUCUGAGGAAUGUGAGUCCUUGCGUCUUGCAGCCUAACCUCGGAUACUGCGUAGCGUACGGCAACGCAACCGAUCCUGACACCUCUAACGGCGGAUGCCUCGAAGUCCAGACCCCGGAGCCCGGUACCGUCGACAACUGCGCCUGCUUCACCAAGGUUGAUGGCUUUAACGCCGGUAAGUUCCUGUGCGCGGACAUUGCCGAAGACAAAAACAUCACCGUGGGCGACCUGGUCAAGUGGAACACAUGGAUCGGCACGGAAUCCGACUGUGACAAGGGUCUCUACGCCAACCUGGACGCAAAUGCGGAGCGUGGCGUUUGCGUCAAGGCCGGCCCAGGCACACCCACCGAACCAGUCGAACCCCCCGGUCCCACGCAGCCCGGCAUCGUCGAGGGGUGCCAGAAGUACUACGUCGCCGUGUCCGGGGACGGGUGUUGGGCCAUCGCCAACGCCAACGGCAUCGACCUCGCCGACUUUUACGAGUGGAACCCCGCACUCAACGGGGAUUGCUCGGGCUUGUGGCCCACAUACGCCUACUGCGUCAAGGGACCCGCGUCUUCCGGCGGGUCGGAUCCCGUCAACCCGCCCGGGCCGACGCAGGAAGGGAUCACGACCAGCUGCAAGAAGUAUCACCUCGUAGUGUCGGGGGACGGGUGCUGGGCAAUCCAGCAGAAGUACGGCAUUGCGGACUAUGCGACUUUUGUCAAGUGGAACCCGGCGCUCGGGUCUGAUUGUCAGAACUUGUGGCCCGACUACGCUGUCUGCGUUGGUGUUUAG